AUGCCUCGCUCGCCGACAGCUACCUUCGCAAUUACGGAUAUGACCGCAGGUCGGGCAAUAGACUGCCUUUUGGACUAUGAGGAUCCUUAUGUGCAGCCUUUGAUCGUCGAGGCGUUUCAAAAGCGCCUCGCAGCCGGCUCAUUCAAGCUCAUCAAUUCUCUGGAUGAGCAUCGCGUGGGCCCCAUGGUUCAAUUCAGUGCGUAUGAGGCUCUGGACUUCGACAAGGCCAUAGAGAUGCCCAACAUCCUCAUCAACGCUUACGUCAUUCGCAAAGCUUUGAUAAGAAAGCAUUACCUCUCGACCACCGUUUCUCACUGGAUCGUCAAACAUCCAGAGUCGAAGCUAAGGAACCACGUGAAGUCGAGUGUAGAGUUUGAACUCGAUUAUGCAGAGUUCCUUGACGACGCUCUUGUGGAAGCCUGGGAGCUGCAAGAAGCGUUCCGAAAGAACGAGGACAAGGAGCCGAAAGACCGAGAAUGGUGGAUUCUGAAACCUGGAAUGAGCGAUCGUGGACAGGGCAUCAAACUCUUCAGUACUGAACAAGAGCUUCAGGACAUUUUCGAGGCCUGGGAAGCAGAGCGUCCUGACUCAGAUGAUGAAGAGGAGGAAGAAGAAGAACGCCAGGGUGAUGGUCCUAAUGGGGAGGCGACGGAGCGUGCAGACGCCCGAAGCGACCAGGGUUCCGAGACUGGAGAAGAAGCCGCGGCCACCGGCGACAGCGGAUGGAAUUUCGAUCCCUCUGCCAUCCAAGUCACGGAGGAGAAGAAGGAGUAUAUCAUCACUUCGCAGCUACGCCACUUCAUCGCACAGCCAUACAUACACCCACCGCUCACUUUCGACAACCGCAAGUUCCACAUCCGGACGUACGUGCUGGCUGUCGGAGCUCUGCGCGUUUACGUCUACAAGCCAAUGCUCGCUCUCUUCGCCGCGGCCCCUUACGGUGCGCCUUGGGAGAAGACUGAUUCCGAGGAGGAAGGCGGGCAGCCCGACCUCCGCGCCCACCUUACGAACACGUGCCUGCAGGGCUCCGAUCAGCGUGAAGGCAGUGUGCGUGCCUUCUGGGAUCUGCCAGAUAACCUCGACGCCUCUAGUACAGCUGCGCACAAGGAGCUCGCCGGUCUCCCCGGCGGCUGGAAAGAACAUGUUUUCUCGCAAAUUUGCAGCGUCACCGGCGAGCUAUUUGAAGCAGCGGCGAGAGCUAUGAUGAUCCACUUUCAGCCACUUCCGCAAGCCUUCGAGCUCUUCGGCGUCGAUUAUAUGGUCGACACACAGGGCAACGCCUGGCUUCUCGAGAUCAAUGCUUUCCCUGAUUUUAGGCAGACUGGCGACGAUCUUAAGGGGAUCGUGAAGGGUCUUUUUGAAGAGACCGUGGACGUAGCUGUGAAGACAUUUUUCCAGCUGGAAGGAGCUAAGCCCGAAGGAACGGAGACGCUGAAGCAGGUUCUGGACAUUGACUUGGGAAGGAGAUAA